AUGACAGAUUGUGAAGACCCUGUUCCUGUUGAAUUUAUAUUUCCAUCUGACUUUUCCAUCACAGUUGACAGAAACAUCACAGGAGAGGCUGGUUUGUGCGUUACGGUAGGCUGUUCUUUUACUGUUUCUGAAAACAUUAGGUCCGAAGACUUUAACAGAACCUGGUUCAAAGGAGAUCCACAAAACCCAAAUGUUGAAGUUUCUUGUAUUGACUUCAAUGUGUAUUCUCUGAGUCAUUUUGGAUGCCACUUUCAGCUAGUAAACUUGGUUCAGGGGGAAUCUGACGGUGAAUACAGAUUUAAAGUGGAAUGGGGACAAGGGAAUGUGCAUAUCUUUCCUGAGACAGUAAAAUUGACUGUAAAAGAACUCACCCAGAAGCCAAUAAUGAAUAAUCCAGUGCUCACAGUGGGAGAACAGGCAACGGUAUCAUGUACAAUUCCAGGGAAUUGUCUGAAUCUCUUAUCCGAGGUUGUGUGGACGGGAAUUGAUAACUAUACAAUUACAAGGAUAGGCCAAGGGGUUAUUGGGCAUAACAAAGAAUAUUCGUUACUGUCUUUUGAUCCUGAGCCUGAGCACCACAAAACUAAGCUCACAUGCACAGUGAUAUUUAAUGGAAAUAUCCGGACAGAAACGAGUGUGAUCCUGAAAGUAAGAUGUACGUUUGAUUAUUUUAUUCAUAAGAUAUACUCUCUCUGUAAUGGUACACAAUAGGCACUCUUUCUUUUUAAGAAUGUUUCUUUAUUUCUGGUUUCUAAGGCGCACAUUAACAUUGAUAUUAAGACCAGCAGAACAUGUAUCUGGUAUUAAAAUGUAUUUCAGGUUAUAGCCUAUUGGUUAGAGAGUUGUGCUUGUAAUCUGAAGGUCACUGGUUUGAGUCUCUCAGCUGGCAGGGGCUGAGGUGCUCAAGUCAUGUUUUCCUCAAUUGCUCUGCCCACUGUUGGUUUAUUUAUUUAUUUUUAACAUCAUUCAGCAUCUAUGGUUAUAUUCAUGGAGAGAACCGGUUAAUCUUUACACAUAUUUGUCCACAAAAUUUGAUC